AUGGGCUCGCCAAUUCCCUUGGUCGAUACCGGGACCCUGGGCCCGGACCUGGAGCGCAACGAAAGCCAGCAGUUUUUGAUGAACCGCACUGUGCAAAACUUCUCUUGGAGUGGUUUGACGGUGACCGUCAAAGACCGCCAGAGCAAACAGGCGACCGAUCUGAUCAAUAGCAUUACGGGCGACGUGAAGCAAGGUGAGCUGGUCGCCUUGAUGGGCCCAUCGGGCUGUGGAAAGACAACCCUGCUCAAUGUGCUGGCGCGACGACCGGCCGGAUCAGGGGCCAAGGUGAUGGGAGACAGCUAUGUCAAUGGCGUGAGAAUCGACAACGGCGCAUUCGGCCGCAUGACUUCAUACGUGGAGCAAGAGGAUGCUCUGAUCGGCUCAUUGACCGUGCGAGAGACCUUGAAGUUUGCAGCGGAUCUAUCACUUCCCAGUUCUGUGUCCAAGGGACAACGCAUCGAGCGGAUCCGGACGCUCCUCGAGGCAUUCGGUAUCCAGCAGCAAGCCAACACUCUGGUGGGCACGCCCAUUCGCAAGGGCAUCAGCGGCGGCCAAAAGCGACGUGUCAGCGUGGUCAGCCAGCUCAUCACCUGCCCCAAGAUCCUGUUUCUCGAUGAGCCGACCAGCGGUCUAGACUCGAGAGCGAGCUUCGAGGUCAUUUCCUACGCAAAGGAGCUGGCUAGAGCCAACAACAUCAUCAUCAUCGCCAGUAUUCACCAGCCCUCCACGACGACCUUCGAGCUCUUCGAUAAGCUUUUGCUGCUCUCCGCAGGACGGACAUGCUACUUCGGUCCCGUGGCGGCCGUCGAUGACUAUUUCCGAGAUAUCGGUCACCCGAUCCCUGAUCACACCAACCCCGCGGAAUUCCUCCUCGAUAUUGUCAGCUCAGACUUUGGAAACGCAAAGGGGCUUGGGGUUGCACAAGACCGGGUCAAAAAGAUCCAGCAGUCUUGGGCCGAUUCGGCAGAGGCACAGGCGAUCACGCGGCAGGUGUCCGAUCAAGUUCGGCAGGAAGGCAAGGAUGACGGUAAAGUCGAGGUGGACGAUCUCGCUCGGCCCGGAGGGGCCAGAAUUACGGCCGCCCUGCUUCAUCGGUCAUUUAUCAAGAGUUAUCGUGAUGUGGUGGCAUAUGGGAUCAGAAUCGUGAUGUAUCUAGGACUUGCCAUAAUGAUGGGAACGGUUUGGCUGCGCCUUCACCCAUCCCAAGACUACAUCCAGCCAUUCGUUAAUGCCAUUUUCUUCGGAUCCGCCUUCAUGUCAUUCAUGGCGGUGGCGUACGUCCCGGCCUUCUUGGAAGACCGAGCUAACUUUGCCAAAGAGCGAGCAAAUGGUCUGUAUGGCGCGACGCCGUUCGUCAUCUCAAACUUUCUCAUCGGCCUGCCAUUCCUCUUCAUCAUCUCCAUGCUCUUCUCCAUUGUCUCCUACUGGCUCUCCAACUUCCGGCCCGGCGGCGACGCCUUCAUGACCUGGGUGAUGUGGAUCUUCCUUGACCUCGUGGCUGCUGAGUCUCUUGUCGUCUUCGUGACAGCCAUGUUCCCGAACUUUGUCAUUUCCCUGGCUCUGGUGGCCUUUGCCAAUGGCUUAUGGAUGAGUGUAGGAGGAUUCCUCGUCACGCCAAAGAUCCUCAAUCCCUUCUGGAAAUACGUGUUUCAUUACAUUGACUAUCAAGCCUAUGUCUUUCAGGGCAUGAUGGUCAAUGAAUUCUCGCAGCGGAACUACUCGUGCGGCACGGGCUGCCACUGCAUGUACACGACGGACUUGGCCGAUCAGUGCCAGAUUCGCGGGACAGGCGUGCUGGAGACGUAUGGGUACGCAACCGGCAGAACAGGGAAGUGGGUGGGAAUCCUCGUGGGAAUCAUUGCGGUGUAUCGACUGUUCGGAUGGAUUGCACUUCACUUGCGCAAGACGUGA